AUGGACUACAUUUCAAGUUUCGAUAUUCGUCUUCCGAAAGAAAUUUACUAUGCUGGUGAGAAAAUCACUGGCACCGUGCUUCUGGAAAACACAGAAAAUAUAAAAAUAAAGGGAAUCCGAGUAUUGCUUCGUGGGAAGGUUCACGCUACGUUGAAAGUGGUGAAGUCUGGGGAAAGGAGAACAAUAAAGGACGACCAAUAUGUCCUGGAUGAGAAAAUGCUCAUCUGGGGAAAAGACAAAACCGAUGAAUCCGAGGUUAUUCCGAUUUUGGCAAGAGGAUUGCACCAAUUCCCGUUUGCAUUCGAUUUGCCGCAAAGUACCCUUCCAUGUUCACUCGAAAGCCGGCAUGGAACGAUUCGUUACUAUAUCAAGGGAAAAGUCUCCUUGCCUCUCCAUCAUACGCUGCCUCAGUACCGUACACACCAAGCCUUGCCAUCUCAGACAUCGGACGGUAUGGCGUCCGAGACGAUCAAGUUUCAGCUUGACGUUGUGCUUACAACGCCAGAACAGUGUUCACAGACGCCACCUGUAUGCCCUUCUCGGAGUUGCACAGAUCAAAUCUCACGUGAUGCUCUGCAGGAGACCAAGUGCAGAAGGAGCGACGCACGACAGAUGAAUAACGCUACAUUCGUCAUUCGUGGAGAGAAGACUCCUUUGGUUUUGUUGUGCACCCGUCUGUCACCCACCUUAUCGAUUCUCACAUCCUGUAAACUCGCUUGGCCAUUCCUCACCUCCGUUCUCUGCGCAAAAAAAAACUGCUACUCAGCAGCAGCUGAUGAUUCCGAAUGGGACGCGUUUUACGAGGAACAGCAGAACAUGAUCCGCAGUGAGAAGUCCUUCUACAAAUUCGUAGUCGGAGACUUCAAUGCAAAACUAGACAAGGCUACAGAAGAGGAAUACAUGAUCGGAAAAUUUGGACCAAGAGUUCGAAACGAAAGUGGCAAUCGUCUCGCUGAGCUGUUGUCCGCCCUUCGCCUCUUCUAUAGGAAUUCUCUUUUCAACUACCUACUCACAAAGCGGGGGUGGAGUCUACGUGCCGUCUCGGUAGUACCAUCCUUCUUUAGUGGUUCUGAUCAUCAUCUCCUUUGUGCGAAAAUACGAUUUAGCCACAUGAUGGAAAAGAACAUUUGCUAUCGGCAACGAAGGAGAAAGGAAGUUGUCUACAACGAUUGCGUAUUCGAGGACUCCUUGUCCCAACGUGACUGGCACAUCGAGGAAGACCCAAACGUGGACUGA